GUAGAAGUAUGUCACCAGAUCGAGUACCUCUGAAGAGACGGUUUCGAUUCCCAUUCAGAAGCCAGAUUCAGUAGUUCAGGACAGCACGCGCAUUCUGUGCACGAUCAGGAAAAACUUUCGGUUUGUUUGUGUCGGUGGAUUUUGUUGAAUAGAGAUCCGCUGCACCUCCCCGACGAUCAAAGGUUCCACCGAGUCGCCAACACCAGAAGUCAACCAGUCGCAAGAAGUCGACAAUCGUACAAACACAAACGAAGUCAUGUUGAAGGCCGUACGAAGCAGCAUAAUCAAGAGACAUUUCACUCUUCCGGCGCCCCAGACUCAACCUAAAAUACAGCACACUCAGCUGUUUAUCAACAACCAAUGGGUUCCAUCUGCGAGCAAAGAAGUAUUUCCUGUUUUGAACCCAACAACAGGAGAAACAAUUACUCAAGUGGCCAAGGGUAACAAGGAUGAUGUUGAUAUGGCAGUGGAUGCGGCCAGAAAAGCCUUUGCCAGGGGAUCACCAUGGCGUACGAUGAAUGCAUCUCAACGUGGUGCUAUUUUGCACCGGUUGGCAGAUCUCAUGGAAAAAGACCACGUUUAUUUGGCUAGCCUGGAAACGUUAGAUAAUGGGAAACCUUAUGUCAUGGCGUAUUCAAGUGAUAUUCCAUCUGCGGUUUCAGUUCUCCGGUAUUACGCAGGUUGGGCUGACAAAAUUCAUGGAAAGACCAUUCCAUGCGAUGGUAACUUUUUCUCUUACACACGUCAUGAGCCAGUUGGCGUCUGUGGCCAGAUCAUUCCCUGGAACUUUCCAUUGUUGAUGUGGGCUUGGAAAAUCGCUCCGGCCCUUGCUACUGGAAACACCGUAGUACUUAAACCAGCUGAGCAAACUCCUCUCACCGCUUUAAGAGCUGCUGAGCUUUGCAAAUUAGCUGGUCUGCCUGAUGGUGUUGUCAACAUUGUGACUGGUUUCGGUGACACUGGAGCUGCAGUAGCUAAUCAUAAGGAUGUCGAUAAAGUUGCAUUUACUGGAUCAACUGAAGUUGGAAAAUUAAUUCUUCAGGCUUCAGGAAAUACCAAUCUUAAAAAAAUCACACUCGAGCUUGGAGGAAAAUCACCAAAUAUAAUAAUGGACGAUGCUGAUAUGGACCAAGCGGUCGAAGGCGCUCACUUUGGCACAUUUUUCAACAUGGGCCAGUGCUGCUGUGCUGGAACGAGGGUUUAUGUUCAUGAAAAAGUGUAUGAUGAAUUUAUUGAAAAGAGCAAGAAGAAGGCAAUGGAAAGGGUAGUUGGCAACCCGUUUGACCCACAGACCGAACAUGGACCUCAAAUUGACGAAGAACAAAUGAAUAAAAUCCUCUCAUACAUUGAAAGUGGGAAAAAACAAGGUGCAAACCUCGUCACUGGAGGUGAACGUGUAGGCACCAAGGGAUAUUUCAUCCAACCGACAAUAUUCUCAAAUGUAAAAGACGACAUGGUUAUUGCGCGGGAAGAAAUUUUUGGACCGGUUCAACAAGUUUUGAAGUUUAAAGACGUAGAAGAAGUGAUUGACAGGGCUAAUGACUCUAAUUAUGGACUUGCUGCGGCAGUAUUUUCAAAAAAUGUCGACACUGUAAAUAAAGUCAGUCAAGCACUCAGAGCAGGAACUGUUUGGGUAAAUUGUUACAACGUCUUAACUCCACAAGCACCGUUCGGAGGUUACAAGAUGUCUGGCCAUGGCAGGGAACUGGGAGAAUAUGGGCUUUCCGCUUACACUGAAGUGAAAACGACUUUUGUCAGCAUGGAUCAGAAAAAUUCAUAAAUUAAAAUUAAACAACCCCCACGUUCCAAACUAAAAUCAAAAGCACCAAAAUCAAAACUUAAUUUUGUAUUCUAUUGAACUUGGGAAAAUAACAAAUACUAUAUUUUUGUGUUAUCGUUUAUAACGCCUUUGAAAAUAAAUAAUGUUUGCUUUUCAA